GUGUUUACUUUACCCAAUCACCUGGCCAAAUUGCCUUUCCGCUUAACCGCGUCCGCUUGGUGCCUGUUAGCAUUGGUUAUGGUAAACGUGUACAGUGGCACGCUCACGGCUCAUCUGACCGCGCGUAAAAUGAGUACUCCGCCUAAAGACGCGUUUGAAAUCAUUGAAAAAGGAAUUCUUGCUUACCUCAUUAUAGACGAUGGCAUAGGACGAGAACUUAUCCUGAGCGCAACGAGCGGGCCGUUGAAGAAAAUGGGAGAUGUUUUUCGCCACCAUCCUGAAUAUAUAAUACCUGAUAGAGACACUGCAUUCCGCAAAGUCGCAUCGGGCUGCUGUGCUUACUCUGAUCUGGUGAAUUAUUUAGAUUAUCGCAUAGGCAAAGAUUUUGCAGAAACGGGAAAAUGUCGGGUUCACCUAGGAACACAAACCAGAGGCUAUUCGUUUACUGCACUCUUUAUAAGAAAGGGAAACAUUUAUCGUAGUUCCAUGAAUCAAGGGUAAGAAUCCAUUUUGUUCAGUGAUGGUGAAGCUAAUGUUUGUCUUACGUUUGCAGAGUGCUGGACUUGUAUCAAACUGGACUUGUUGACUACUGGAGCAAUAAAUACGGAAAAAGGGGAUUGAAACUAUGUCAAUCAACAACGAUGAUAAAGAAAUCAAAAGAGUUGCAUCGACUAAACACAAUCGACUUGGCCGGAGCUUUUCUUAUUCUUGGAAUUGGUCUUCUACUGUCGUUGAUGGUUUUCUUGGUGGAACAAUGUCGUCGAUGCAACACUUGAUAAACUAACAAUUGGUACCAAUGCAAUUAAUAUUAAGUUACGAAAGCAGUGACGAUAGCAUAAUCUACCACCAUCUGCUAAUGGCCACGAUUCAUUCAAUUUAUCCAUAAGUUAAUCCUUCAUCAAAAAAUCGUUGUAGCACAAAAAUAUACGGA